AUGGCAGAAAAUGACUCAAAUAGGCGAAUUCUACGAGAUUUUACUUUACCGAGAACACAAGGUUCUCAAACUAGCAUUGUAAGGCCAACGGUAAACGCUAAUAACUUUGAGAUAAAACCAUCACUAAUUCAAAUGGUACAACAAUCUCAAUAUGGAGGUAAUGCUACCGAAAAUCCAAAUUCUCACUUGUCAACAUUUCUUGAAAUCUGUGAUACAAUUAAGUUUAAUGGAGUUAGUGAUGAUGUAAUUAAAUUUCGAUUGUUUCCAUUUUCACUAAGGGACAAGGCCAAGGCUUUUCUAAAUAAAUUCUUUCCACCUGGAAAAACUGCUAAGUUUAGAAUGGAUAUAACUAGUUUCUCUCAACAGAAAGGAGAGACAUUGUAUGAAACUUGGGAGCGCUAUCGGGAAUUGCAACGAAAAUGUCCUCAUCAUGGUCUAUCAGAUUGGCUAGUAGUCCAAACACUUUACAAUGGUCUCACCUAUCCAACAAAGACGCAUGUAGAUACAGCAGCGGGAGGAGCUUUGAUGGGGAAGACAGCUGAGGAAGCUCAACAAUUGAUUGAAGAAAUGGCUGCUAACAACUACCAAUGGGCAAACGAACAAGGUAAUAGAAGGAAAAUCGCAGGUAUGCUCAAAGUAGAUACCUUGAAUAUGUUAAAUGCAAAAAUGGAUAAUGUGGUUAAGAUGCUUAAUAGGCAAGUUGGUUCUAGUUCUAAUCAAGAAGUAGUUGUUGCAUGUUGUACCACUUGUGACGGAGAUCAUAAUGAUUUUAUGUAUGCUAGCAGCGAACAGGUUCAAUAUCUCAACAAUUACAACCAUCCACCCCAAAACAAUCCAUACUCCAGCACCUAUAAUCCCGGAUGGCGUAAUCACCCGAAUUUUGGAUGGAAUGAUCAAGGGAACCAACAAAGACCAGUUAAUCCACCGGAUUUUCAACCGAAGCAACCACUUCAAGAGUCCAAAUCAACUUGGGAAUUGGCAAUUGAAAAGCUGGCAAAUGUAACAAAUGAUAAAAUUGAAAAGCUAGCUAAUGCCAUUACUCAACGGUUUGAAAGAAUUGAAGGAAGGAUGGACCAACUCACCAAUAUGUACAGGAAUGUUGAGGUCCAAUUGGGACAAAUAGCAAAUGUGGUAAACAAUCGCAACCAAGGGGACUUACCUAGUAAGACUGAGAUGAACCCAAGGAAGCAUGAGAAGGCUAUAACCCUCCGUAGUGGUAAGGAAUUAAGUGAGCCGCCGGUAGUUGAAAGUGGAAGAGAGUUUGAAAGAAGAGAAAACAAGCAAUUGAGUGAGUUAGGAGAGAAAAGCAAGAAAAUUAAAGGGAAAGAAAAGGUGGAAGAAAAUGAACCACAAAUGGGAGAUACAACACCAAUUCCUCCACCAGUGUCACUUCCUCAAAGAUUGAGACCUUCGAGAAAUGACAAAGAAUUUGAGAAAUUUGUCAACAUUUUUAAACAAUUACAUAUUAAUAUACCUUUUGUUGAUGCGAUUUUGCAGAUUCUUUCAUACGCAAAGUUUCUCAAGGAGAUAAUGACUAAGAAAAGGAAGUUGGUAGAUAGUGAGAUAAUUGCAUUAACGGAAGAAUGUAGUGCAAUCAUACAAAAUAAAUUGCCACCCAAGUUGAAAGAUCCGGGGAGUUUCACAAUUCCUUGCACUAUCGGUAAUGUAGAAUUUUCUAAAGUACUAUAUGACCUUGGUGCAAGUGUGUCAUUGAUCCCUUUAACUGUGGCUAGGCAAUUGGGGUUGAAAGAGUUAAAAUGUACUAACAUUUCCUUGCAAUUGGCUAACAGGUCUAUUAGACAUCCAAUGGACGUAUUGGAGAAUGUACUCAUUAAAGUACAGAAAUUCAUUAUUUCUGUCGAUUUUGUUGUUUUAGACAUGGAGGAAGAUGUAAAUGUACCUAUUAUACUUGGUAGACCAUUUCUGGCCACCGCAAGUACAAUAAUAGAUGUUAAACGUGGUAAGUUCAAGUUCCAAAUUGGUGAAGAGGAAUUGGAAUUUAAUUUGAGUAAAGUGGAGAAAUAUCCCUCUUUUACCGAUCAUAUUUAUUCUGUUGACAUAUGUGAUGAAUUGGCAUUAGAGAUGAGUCAAGUUAAUCUUGAUGAUGAUUCUCUUGAAUUUUGUCUUAAUGGUGUAGGCUUACAAGAGGAACAAGUUGAAGAAAUGACUGAAUUUUUGCAAGCACAGGUUCCUUACAAAAGGAGAAAUGCAUAUGAGGAGUUCGAAUUGACCAAAGGGCUACCUCCACCAUCAUGUGAGCAAGCACCACAGCUUGAGUUUAAGCCGCUGCCUAAGCACCUCAAAUAUGCGUUUCUUGGAGAAAAAGAGACAUUGCCGGUAAUCGUCAAUGCAGCAUUAGAUGAGGAACAAUUAGACAAGCUAUUACUGUUUUGA